AUGGAGGGCUCACCAUCUCCCCCACUAGCCGACCUUCAAGGCGACAUGCUAUCCCCCGCCGCCUCCCCCAUCCCAGACCGAAGCUCGCCCUCCCCCGAGCUCCCUCUCACCAUGACAGCCUCCGCCGUCCUGUCAAGCCUGCCCCGCGAUGCCACAUCCGCCCUCGCAACCGCGGGUCGGUUCGCCCAGGAAAAAGUCCUCGUGCGCUUCAAGCCCGUCGGCUCGGCGCCGGGUCUGAGCCGCGAGGUUUGCAAAAUCAGCGCAUCGCAGAAAUUCGAGGCUAUUGUUGCCUACUUGCGCCGGGUGCUGAGAGUGAAGAAUACGGAUAGCGUGUUUCUUUACGUUAAUAGUGCUUUCGCUCCCUCUCUUGACGAGAUCGUGGGAAACUUGCACAGGUGUUUCAAAAAUGCAAACGAUCAGCUCGUCGUAACUUAUUCAAUGACGCCAGCUUUCGGCUGA